AUGGCUGAGGUUUCUGCGAAGAGUUUUAUACCGGAAUCAUUCCCGGGAUCGACGAGUGAUAUUGCCGGCCAAAUCGGGCUCCUAUGGGAACUGAUUAAAGCUCCAUUGAUAGUGCCUCUGCUGAGAAUUUCUGUAUACAUAUGCCUGGCCAUGUCCAUUAUGGUGUUCAUCGAGAGACUUUAUAUGGGAGUCGUUAUAAUCCUUGUUAAACUGUUUAUGAAGAAGCCCGAAAAGAGAUACAAAUGGGAGCCAAUGCGUGAUGAUUUGGAGAUUGGCAACGCUGCUUUUCCUAUGGUUCUUGUUCAGAUCCCCAUGUUCAAUGAAAAAGAGGUUUAUAAGAUCUCCAUUGGAGCAGCUUGUAAUCUUUCGUGGCCUGCUGACCGUUUGAUUAUUCAAGUUCUUGAUGAUUCUACCGAUUUCGUAAUCAAGGAUAUGGUCGAGAAAGAAUGCAUUAGAUGGGCAAGCAAAGGCAUUAACAUUAGGUACCAAAUUAGAGAAACAAGAGGGGGUUACAAGGCAGGAGCUCUUAAAGAAGGUCUCAAACGGGACUAUGUCAAAGAUUGUGAAUACGUCGUCAUUUUCGAUGCUGAUUUUCGACCCGAACAGGAUUUUCUUCAGCGAGCCGUUCCUUUUCUAGUACACAAUCCCAAUAUUGCCCUCGUACAAGCUCGAUGGAGGUUCGUGAAUUCGAAUGAGUGUUUGUUGACAAGAAUGCAAGAAAUGUCUUUGGAUUACCACUUUACGGUCGAGCAAGAAGUGGGAUCAUCUACUCAUGCUUUCUUUGGCUUCAAUGGAACUGGUGGUAUAUGGAGAAUAGCAGCAAUCAAUGAGGCAGGAGGGUGGAAAGAUAGAACAACUGUUGAGGACAUGGAUUUGGCAGUUAGAGCUGGUCUCAAGGGCUGGAAAUUUCUUUAUCUUGGAGACCUCCAGGUGAAAAGUGAGCUUCCUAGUACGUUUAAAGCCUUUCGUUAUCAGCAGCAUCGAUGGUCUUGUGGUCCAGCUAAUUUAUUCAGAAAAAUGGUUAUGGAAAUUGCUAAGAAUAAGAAAGUGUCUCUAUGGGAGAAGUUUUAUGUAAUCUACAGCUUCUUCUUCGUGAGGAAGAUCAUAGCUCACAUGUUCACUUUCUUCUUUUACUGUGUUGUACUCCCAUUGACAAUUUUGGUACCUGAAGUUAAUGUUCCAAAAUGGGGAGCCAUUUAUAUUCCUUGCAUCAUCACAACUCUAAACUCAGUCGGAACUCCAAGGUCUUUUCAUUUAUUGUUUUAUUGGAUCCUGUUCGAGAACGUGAUGUCUUUUCACCGUACCAAGGCUACCAUCAUCGGUCUGCUUGAGGCUAAGAGAGCUAACGAAUGGGUUGUUACUGAAAAACUCGGAGAUGGUCUCAAGAACAAGUCCGACAACAAGCCAGCACCAAAAAAAUUCAGAUUUAAACUCGGAGACAGAAUUCUAAUACACGAGCUGGGCUUCGCUGCAUUUCUAUUCAUCUGUGGAUGCUACGACUUUCUAUAUGGAAAGAACAACUAUUUCAUAUACCUAUUUCUUCAAGUUAUCACAUUCACAAUCGCGGGAUUUGGCUACAUGGGAACAAUAGUCCUGAGUUAAUUAAAUUCAUGUAUCGGCAGAGUCGUGUAUUUCUAGUAUACACAAAUGUAUACAAGAUUGCUCUAGUUUGGUUAAAUUUCUAUAAUAUAUUACUCAGAAGGAGAACAAAUCAUUUGUCUAGGACAGCAGAAAUUGAUCGAGACUUCUUAAAAAUCUAGGGCAAAAUGCCCUGGAAACAGCAGGAAGUGUGCAAAAAAGGGCUUGCUGUUUGCAUAUUAUAUAGUCAAGAAAAGAUUGAAGCAGCAGAAAUUACAUCAGAAAAACAGAGAACAUGCAAAGUAGUGUUUUGUUAUCCAGUUUAUAGUGCUUGUAGUUGUGUGACAUUGUAUUUUAUUUUCUAACGCAUCUUUAGUCAUUUUGUAUUUCAGAUUUUGUAUGAUUUUUUCCCAUAUUUCAUUUGUAGUAAUGCAAUAUGUUUAUCUGGUUAUAUGUCAUAUUUAGGGACCAUUUGCCCGGA